AUGGCAACGGCGAAGGGGGAGCAGACGAUCGAGAAGAUGCUGAGCCGACUAAUGAGCAGCAGCAUCAGGAGUCUGGACCGGGAAUGCAACUGCACUGUGAGGCUGCUGGACGACUCGGAGUACACCUGCACGAUCCAGACUAAUGGAGUAAGUUUGAAAGGCAAGAAGCUCUGCAUCGCUCAAGCCGUCCGCAAGCCCAGAGCCUCAGGACCACCUAAGAGGACGACCCCUUACUUCCCCGUGCUUCUGCCGAUGAGCUGUGACAGCAAGUACCUGAACACAUUUGCAGGGUUUCCGCACACCUACAACAACGGAGUGCCCUACUUCCAUCCUCCAUACUGCCCCAACAGGAGCCCUCCUGCCCCCCAGUGGCCUCCUGCUCCUCCAGUGAUGCUUCAUCUGUCUCCUCAGUCCGUCUACCAGCAACCGGUCUAUCACCAGCAACCGGUCUAUCACCAGCAACCAAUCUAUCACCAGCAACCGGUCUAUCACCAGCAACCAAUCUAUCACCAGCAACCGGUCUUUCACCAGCAACCGGUCUAUCACCAGCAACCGGUCUAUCACCAGCAACCAAUCUAUCACCAGCAACCGGUCUUUCACCAGCAACCGGUCUUUCACCAGCAACCGGUCUAUCACCAGCAACCGGUCUAUCACCAGCAACCGGUCUUUCACCAGCAACCGGUCUAUCACCAGCAACCAGUCUAUCACCAGCAACCGGUCCAUCACCAGCAACCGGUCCAUCACCAGCAACCGGUCUUUCACCAGCAACCGGUCCAUCACCAGCAACCGGUCUAUCACCAGCAACCGGUCCAUCACCAGCAACCGGUCCUUCACCAGAAACCGGUCUUUCACCAGCAACCAGUCCAUCACCAGCAACCGGUCCAUCACCAGCAACCGGUCUAUCACCAGGAACCGGUCUUUCACCAGCAACCGGUCCAUCACCAGCAACCGGUCUAUCACCAGCAACCGGUCUAUCACCAGCAACCAGUCUAUCACCAGCAACCGGUCCAUCACGAGCAGCCGGUCCAUCACCAGGAACCGGUCCAUCACCAGGAACCGGUCCAUCACCAGCAACCGGUCUAUCACCAGCAACCGGUCCAUCACCAGCAGCCGGUCCAUCACGAGCAACCGGUCCAUCACGAGCAGCCGGUCCAUCACGAGCAACCGGUCCAUCACCAGCAACCGGUCCAUCACCAGGAACCGGUCUAUCACCAGCAACCGGUCCAUCACCAGCAACCGGUCCAUCACCAGCAACCGGUCUUUAUCACCAGCAACCGGUCUUUAACCAGCAACCAGUCCAUCACCAGCAACCGGUCCAUCACGAGCAGCCGGUCCAUCACGAGCAGCCGGUCCAUCCCGAGCAACCGGUCCAUCACCAGCAACUGGUCUAUCACGAGCAACCGGUCCAUCACCAGGAACCAGUCUAUCACCAGGAACCAGUCUAUCAUGAGCAACCGGUGUGCAGCCUGUUAGUGCUCCACUUUGCUGAACAGUCAUAUUGGAUUAAAACCAGAUUAAAAAGUGCUACUGUAGAGGAGCUUUCUGCCUCUUUUUUUGGAGGAAACAGUAU